ACCUUUACUUUUAAUAUAAAAGCGCAGUCCGUGUAGAUUUGGGUUUUAUUUUGGUUUCAGUAGUUCAAAAUCUUUUACAAAUAUAAACUUCGACCUAUAAAAAAUUGCUUAUUUAUAACUCGGUGAUAUUAAAUGAAUUCGUAUAUUUUGCGAAUUUAUCUUGUAAUAUAUUACUGCAAUGUAUUCAUAGCAGGAUAUUCAGACGGCGUCAAUGUGUCUCAAGUCAUAUUUUUGGAACCAGGAACAAUAGUUGACUAUCAUCCAAAGACGCGCCACAAGUCAUUUUUCGGUAAUGAUAUGCGAAUUUAUUGUUACAGUGGGUCUCGAAAAGAUUGGACCCAUAUUUUUGAGAAUAUUGAGCUUCAAUUGGAAAUUGAAAAGGAUGAAUUCAAACAAUAUGAAGGUGCUACGCCGUCAGAAGUUCGACAGAAUUUUGAAGAUCGGCAGUCUCUAUUUAGUUUUAAUUUGUUUAGUAAUAAGCGGACACGUUUAAACCUAUAUCCCUUUAAACAACAAUGCAUUGGAAUAGACACAACGCUGCCCUAUCGUGUACGCCUACAUCAAUUACGAAUUGACUAUUUUCGCACUAUUCAAUUCUCCGUGGGUAUAUGUUUAUUUAUAUUUGCUGGAAGCCUUAGUAAUAACUCAAUAUUGUUUUAUCUGACUGGAGUUACUAUUGGAAUAGGCUCAUCUUUUAUGCUUAUUAUUUGGUUAACAAGUAAAUUAAUGCCCAGGCGUCCUAUGGUGUACACCAUCUUGAUUGGUGGAUGGUCAAUUGGAUUUUAUAUUAUUCAACGACUUUGGGAUAACCUUCAUUUGAUUUUUCAAAUGUAUCGCUCGUAUGUUCUUUGCUAUGUAUUCGCGACGGGAAUAAUAUCUUUUUUCUUUUGUUACCGUAUUGGUCCCCCUACAAAUCAACGAUCGAAGAAUAUUAUAAAGUGGGUUUUACAAAUAAUGGCUAUAAUUAUGGCAUAUUUUUCAAUACAAUAUGAAGAAGCCAGUGUACUCAUUUUAGCCGCAAUAAUAUUUUUGAAUUAUUUGCCGAGAUCACUCUUAUACAAACCUCUCAAGAUUUAUAGAUGGCUCUUUCCACCUAAAAGACGUUUCCUUACCAACGAGGAAUUUUAUGAAGAAGGUAUCAGAGAAACUUCCAAAGCCUUAAAAGAAUUACGAGCAUAUGCCAGCAGUCCUGACUGUAAACAGUGGAAAAUUAUAUCCAAACUAAGUGAUCCUUUACGAUUUGCAGCUUUUGUAGAAGGCCAGUCCCACCUGCGAGAAGAAGAAAUCUUACGCUAUGAAAAUCACACAGAAACUAUUGAGCAUAGUGAAAUCGACUCAGAUGAUAAUUUCGAAAUGGAGAAAAAAUACAAGAAAAAUAAUGUCCCUCAUUCCUAUUUUAAAAAUGAAGAAUAUGGUUGGAAUCAAAGUAAAAUAUUUAGUAAUAAUACUACAUAUGACGAAACGAGCGAAGAAAGUGAGAAUGAAGAGGAUGAUAUUGUGUACGAAGAUACUACAAAAUCAAAAGGUUCUUUUAAUAAUAUGAAUAUUCAGAACAAAUCGAAUUAUGAAAGAAGUGGUACACAUAAAUUUUAUGAUAGUAAUAUAGAUCGCACAUAUUCAUCGAAAUUUUCUAGUAACACAAAAAGAGAAACCAAGUCUAAAAUGUGAACUUGAUGUUACACUUAGCUGCCCACAUUAUUGUAGCUGAUCUAAAAGUGAUAAUUAGUGAAACCUUCCCACAUAAAAGAGACUUAACACAGUCAGGGUCAGUGGGAAUCACAUAACGUUAUUGUUUAUAAUGAUUUGUACAACUCUCUCUACCUUUAAAUUGUGUAUCUAUAUUUGCAUUUUAAAUAUUUUAGGAUAUGUAUACUAAUAAAAAAGACUGCUAUUUUUCAUCUGAAA